UUUGAAGACAAAGAAGGUGUCAAACAUGAAUUGCGCGGUAUGUUCGACGGCCUGAAGAUAGGAGUGGUAAUGGUCCAACCUAACUCAGCGCACAUAUAUAUAUUUUUUACUCUCUUUAGUCACAAAUAUUUAACACGGUUGACUUUGGAAACAUUUGACCAUUCAUCUAUUCAAAAUUUAUUAUGAAUAUGUAAAAAUAUAAGCCAUGUUCAAAGUAACUAUAGGUAUCACACGGAUAUGUGGAUCCCCAAUACCCUCACAACCAGAUUGGGAGGCAGAGCAUCGGUCCAUUUCUAUGAAGUUAUAGAAUUUACAAAUUAUAAUAUGCACCAGCUUCUCAUAAUCUCUAGCUCUCCUAGCGGGCCUUAAUUUCGACUGUAACUGCUCUAAAUUUUCAUACAUACAGUUACCUUCAGUAAACAUAGCGUGUUAACUUAACUUUGUUCUUUUUUCUCUACCGGGAAGGUAGCAGAGAAACUUCCAAUCCUCUAAAUUUUCUGUCUCUUUCUUCCCUAGGUUCUUAUCGUCUCGAUGUCAGUGGCGCUGGGACGCGGCGAAUACAAACUUUCCUCUCUCCCCCAUGCUCCCUGGCCUCCUUCCUACUGACACCGGUCAAUACAAGCGGCUUAUCAACGGCGUCGGCCGCUCGAUCGGAAGCAGCGUCAUUGAGCAAACAGCAGUUUCGGCCGCACAGCAAAUGUACUCCCCUUGAUGUCUUGAUAGCCCAUUGGUAUCCAUUCUUCUGUCGAGUAGUACUAAUCUUUGAGCUGCCCAAGUGCCCAGCCUGCCAUCCGAGACUGAAGAGCGUAAUUUAUUCGGAAAACAUUUGUAGGGAAGAUGGGGUACGUACCUAACUUUGAUCGAAACAUUCAAAACCAAUCCACAAUGCUGGUUUCUGAAUCCCAGCAGAUGAUACCGUUGAUCUGAACAAGUUGCCAGCCAGUCAAGUGAGCAAGGUGCUUAGCCAUAUAAAAGAAGCACGCAUGCUUCCUGAAGCUUACAUCACAAGCACAAGUAGCUGCAGCCACACCAGUAGUAUGAUCAGCCCAACUAGUCCUGCACUGUUUCUAGUCCUCCUUGCCUUGACAUGUUCAUGGCCAUCGUCAUCAUCAGCAGGUCAUGGCGACGGCAAUGACAUUGAUCGGCAGGCUCUCCUUUCCUUCAGGUCUCUGGUCUCUGAUCCAGCCAGAGCCCUAGAGUCAUGGAGGAUCACCUCUCUCGACUUCUGCCACUGGCAUGGCGUGACCUGCAGUACGACGAUGCCAGGCCGCGUGACCGUGCUAGACCUCAGCUCCUGUCAGCUCGAUGGCCUUAUACCUCCGUGCAUAGCCAACUUGAGCUCCAUUGAGAGGCUUGAUCUGUCGAACAAUAGCUUUCACGGGCGUAUACCAGCUGAGCUUAGCCGCCUGGAACAACUACGACACCUCAACCUGAGUGUCAAUUCGCUCGAUGGCCGCAUCCCAGCCGAGUUAUCUUCCUGUAGCCGUCUCGAAGUCCUGAGCUUGUGGAACAACUCCCUCCAAGGUGAGAUCCCUGCAAGCCUAGCCCAACUCGUUCAUAUCCAGCUCAUAGACCUGUCAAACAACAAGCUGCAAGGAAGCAUUCCUAGUGGGUUUGGCACACUUCGUGAGCUGAAAAUUCUGAACCUUGCCACCAAUACUUUGGUGGGUAACAUACCGUGGUUGUUGGGCAGUGGCUCAUCUCUCACGUAUGUUGAUCUGGGAGGAAAUGGCCUCUCUGAAGGAAUCCCCGAGUUCUUGGCGAAUAGCUCAUCUCUCCAAUUUCUUAGCCUGACACAAAAUAAACUUACAGGAGCGCUGCCACGAGCUCUCUUCAACACGUCCUCUCUGACAGCCAUUUACCUCGACAGGAACAAAUUAAUUGGUUCCAUACCACCUGUUACAGCAGUUGCUGCACCUAUUCAAUACCUCAGUCUAGCAGAGAAUAACCUCACUAGUGAGAUACCUGCCUCAAUAGGGAACCUUUCCUCUCUUGUUGGUGUUUCCCUUGCAGCAAAUAACCUUGUGGGAAGCAUCCCUGAGAGCCUAAGUAGAAUCCCAACUCUCGAGAUGCUAAUACUCUCAAUCAACAACUUGUCGGGUCAGGUACCCCAGUCUAUUUUCAAUAUAUCAUCUCUGAAAUAUCUAGAAUUGGCCAACAACUCACUCAUAGGACGACUGCCACCAGAUAUUGGCUACAAGCUUCCAAACCUUCAGAGAUUGAUCCUAUCAAAAACACGUUUGAGUGGACCAAUCCCAGCUUCUCUUGUUAAUGCUUCUAAGCUAGAAAUAAUUCAUCUUGUUGAUAUUGGGCUCACUGGAAUACUGCCAUCCUUUGGUUCCUUGUCACACUUGCAACAACUUGAUCUCGCAUAUAACCAGCUUGAGGCGGGUGACUGGAGCUUCCUCUCAUCCCUUGCAAACUGCACUCAGCUGCAAAGACUCUGCUUGGAUGGGAAUGGACUGCAAGGACACUUGCCAAGCUCAGUUGGUAAUCUUCCCUCGGAGCUCAAGUGGCUCUGGCUCAAGCAAAACAAACUUUCUGGGACAAUUCCCUUGGAGAUUGGAAACCUUAGGAGCCUCGAAGUGCUGUAUAUGGAUCAAAAUUUGUUCACUGGUACAAUCCCUCCUUCCGUAGGAAAUCUAAGCAACUUACUGGUUCUAAGCUUUGCACAAAAUAAUCUCUCUGGCCAUGUUCCUGAUUCCAUUGGCAACCUUGUAAAACUAACCGAGUUAUAUUUGGAUGGAAACAACUUCAGUGGGACUAUACCAGCAAGUUUAGGGCAAUGGAGACAUUUAGAGAAGUUGAAUCUUUCUCACAAUUCAUUUGGUGGAAGCAUACCAAGCGAGGUAUUUAAUAUUUCUUCACUGUCACAAAGCUUGGACUUGUCGCAUAAUUCCUUUGCUGGGCCUAUACCACUGGAGAUUGGAGGUCUCAUAAAUCUUGGCAGCCUUAGCAUUUCCAACAACCGCCUCACUAGCAACAUUCCAUCCACUCUCGGAAAGUGUGUGCUUCUAGAGUCCCUUCACAUGGAAGAAAAUCUCCUUGUAGGAAGCAUUCCACAUUUUCUCAUGAAUUUAAGAAGCAUCAAGGAGUUGGAUCUCUCUUCAAACAACUUAUCAGGGAGCAUUCCAGAUUUUUUUGCAUCCAUGAAUUAUUUGAAGGAUCUUAAUCUAUCUUUUAAUGAUUUUGAUGGACCUGUUCCAUCAACCGGCAUUUUCAGAAAUGCUAGCAGGGUGUCCCUUCAAGGAAAUGACGGUUUAUGUGCCAACACCCCAGAGUUAGGGCUGCCUCAUUGUCCUGCAUUAGACAGAAGAACAAAGCAUAAGUCCAUUAUUUUAAUGAUAGUGGUUCCAAUUGCUGCCAUUGUUCUUGUAAUUUCACUGAUCUGUUUACUCACUGUCUGCUUGAAAAGAAGAGAAGAAAAGCCAAUAUUGACAGACAUUAGCAUGGAUACGAAGAUAAUUUCAUAUAAAGACAUUGUCCAAGCAACGAAAGGGUUCUCUACUGAAAACUUGGUUGGUUCAGGAUCCUUUGGAGAUGUUUACAAGGGCACCUUGGAGCUUGAGGUUGAUCUAGUAGCUAUUAAAGUUUUCAAUCUCAAUAGGCAUGGAGGACCUUCAAGCUUUAUUGCAGAGUGUGAAGCCUUGAAAAACAUCCGACAUCGCAAUCUUGUCAAAGUCAUCACCUUAUGUUCAACCUUGGAUCCCAAAGGAGAAGAAUUCAAAGCAAUCAUCUUUCAAUAUAUGCCUAAUGGAAGCCUAGAAACAUGGCUGCAUCAGAAAGUCUAUGAUCAUAAUCAGAAACAAGUCUUAACUUUGGGUGAUCGGAUUAGCAUAGCUCUGGAUAUAGCAUAUGCUUUAGAUUAUCUUCACAACCAGUCUGCAUCUCCACUAAUACAUUGUGACCUUAAGCCAAGCAAUGUGCUGUUAGAUCUACAGAUGACGGCAUAUGUCAGUGAUUUUGGAUUGGCAAGAUUCAUGUGCACUACAACUGCAGCAUGCGCCAAUUCAACUAGUUUGGCUGAUUUGAAAGGAUCCAUCGGAUAUAUUGCACCAGAGUACGGAAUGGGUGGACCUAUCUCAACCAAGGGCGAUGCCUACAGCUAUGGAGUGCUCUUAUUAGAGAUAUUAACUGGGAAGCGUCCAAGUGAUGACAAAUUGAAGGAUGGCUUAAGCCUUCAUGAACUCGUGGAGUCAGCAUUUCCACACAAACUAGAUGAGAUUUUGGAUCCCAUUAUGCUGCAGAGUGACCUAAAUGGAGGAAAAUAUCAUACUGAAAUAAUGCAGAGUUGCAUCAUACCAAUGGUUAAGCUGGGUCUGUUGUGUUCGUCCAUAUCACCAAAAGACCGAUUAGGAAUGUCACAGGUUUCUGCCGAAAUGGGCACAAUAAGACAGUCAUUUCUUGAGUUACAAUGAGAACAAGGAGCUAGCUGCGAUGGUAAAUAGUACUGACAAUUGCAGAAAUCUUUUUGUUGAAAUGAUCAUAAUGGGACGUGCAAUCUUGUUCUUUAUGAGGAAGAAAUAAAAACAAAAACAGAUAGAGGUGAAUGCAUGAAAAAUUCUAGCUCCAACUUUUGUUCCCCACCUAAUAGUACCAAUAGUUUCAGCUGUAAUUUGGAUGUUUGUACAACUACUUUUAAUACACUUUGAGAGUUGUAACGAAUUCCAUUUGGUAUUAAAAAAAUAAUAUUGGUCCACCAAGCCAAUUAUUCUGUUUUUUUCCAUAACCUGCAAUUAAGAUUCCUAUCUGAGCUUGUAUGCUGCUGUUUUUAACUAUCGUUCUUAAUUAGAUUGAGAUUCCAUAAAAUGGUAUGGUGUAAUGGCAUUCUUGUUCCUGGGAUAAACUUUAUUAGUCUGUACGAUAUUAUUCAUAUUGUAUAGCCUAUGUUGUUUAACCAGAUCCUGAAAACAUGACAAAAAGAGAAGAUAUAAGAACCUGUUGAGUUGUUGAGCCUAUGGUUUUCCAAAAUUGCCAACUAAUCCAACCCCCUGUGCAAUUGACCAUACAGAUGCAAUGCGAAACAGCAAUAUAAUCCCCAGUUCCCCACCCCUGUUUGCCCCCAAAGUUCAGGUCCCCCGUAAUCCACAAAGGUACGGCAAUCCAGCGACGCGUUUCUGCAGUUCUGCUAAUUGCAUCAUUAUCGUUUUCCUAGUUAAAUCCUAGAAACUAACAUGGUGAUUUGCCGCUGGAAUGUCCAAGUGCAGCCGUGCAGGCGCGUGACACCCUCAUGGGCAUUUCCACGAACACACCACGCGCACGCGUGGCGAACACCAACCUCCACCGCCACACCCCCGCCGCCGCCGCCGCCAUUGCAAACAUGCGUACAGAGAAACAGCGCCACGGAACAAACCUGG